AUGCCACCUGGUCGGUCCGCCGCCGCACCCGAGCGCGAGACGGGGGCGCUGCUCGUGUCGGUGAUGAAGGAGAAUGCUGAUCUCAAGACGGCGCUGGAUACGAAGGCGCGGGACGUGCUGGCGGCGGAAACGGCGCUGUUGAUGCUGGUGGCGGAGAAUCAAGCGCUGGAGAAGGCAGGGAAAGCGGCGGAGAACGAGGUGGACAUGGCACGACGGCAUGUACAAGGGGUGACUAAGAGGCUGGACGACGCGGAGAAUGAAGUUAGGCGACUGCGGGCAGUGCUCCGUGAGCGCGACGACGAUGUUGCGAGGCUCGAACGUGAGAACGAGAUCUUCCGGGAGGCCAAUGCGCAUCUCAGCGGCCACAGAGAGCAACGAGAGCGGGACCGCGAUAACAAGCAGGCUUCCCCCAUGAGGCCCCGGAUAUCUGAAGAAUGCGCACCCACGGAAUCAAGCGACAGGACUGGCCAUAGCAAAAUGCGUGGGUGGUCGCUAGGCGAGCACAGUCAUACUGCAGAUCCUCCUCCGUCAUACUCUUCGGCGCCGUAUCAAGCUUCACGAACAUGGGUAUCCGCGGCUGGGAAGCCACCGACCGUACGGCAGGUUGCCAACCAGUAUAUGCACUCGCUGGCACUCCCCAGUAACCUUCGGCAAGACAAAUUUGCCAAGGGCAACGCGAUUGGACAACUCGAGGGUGGGCCUUACCACCUCGAUGUUUCCCGGCACUCCGGGAGUCUUCGGCCAACACUCUUUCUCCCGGGGCGCCUGCUGUGGUGCGGCCCCCGCGGCGGGCACGCACUGGCCUUCGCCCCAACGCACGAAUACGUGAACGGUAGCUGGCGCCCACACACCCAGCUGACGUCUCUCGCGCUCUCAACGGUUGAGGUCGAUCUGCUUUCCCACCGUGACGACCUGCUCUACUACGCAGGCGUAUAUCGCGUGCUCAGCCUCCGCGCUGUCCCGGGCUGCGCCCCGGGGGGAGACAUCCCCGACGUCGAGAUCUCACACCCUUCCGUCUUCCGCGCGAUGCGCCUCCGCCAGGCCGCCCCCGCCGACCAGCUGAAGCUGCAGCAGAACCCCGCCUUCGCUGCGACCGAUGGACGGCCGACAGUCGAGUGUUUUGGGCUACAGUUGGUGCGGUACGAUGAUGGCGCGCGGGACGCACUUGCUGCGCGCUUUGGGACAGCCGUUCGCGUGUUGAACACGGCCAAGGCGAUGGCGCAAGCGCAGCUGCAGGUUCCCCUGGGGCCGAAGAGGAAGUGGGACCCUGAAUUCGAACAGGAGGCUAAUCUCCCGGGGAAGAAGAGAGCCUGGGCCGCAAGCAGUUAUUAA